AUGACUUCAGAUGUACAUUGCCAAUGCUUCCGGCUGUUCCAGUACCACAUGGCAGAUGGGCCCCGGGAGGUUUUCAGCCAGCUCCAUGGACUUUGCAACCACUGGCUGAAGCCGGAGAGACACACCAAGGAGCAGAUCCUGGACCUGAUGUGGGGACCAUCCAUGAAGACAGAAGAUUCAUUCCCUGAGGCGGAAGGAACUUCCUUCAAGCAAGGGCAGAGUGCACAAACCAUGGAGCAUGCCCAAGAUGCCCUCUCCUGUGCAGAAGAUGAUCAGAAGAAUGAGGAGGGUGAGGAACUUCAUCAACAAUCACCAGAUAAAGACAUGAAAGGAAACUUCUGGAAUCAAGGCAGACUAAAGAGGCAGAAAGGCAGCCAAGGGGGGGAUUUCCAAACAGUCAUUCACAUGGAGAAAGAAACAUUCAAGUGCUAUAGAAUGAACUUUUCAGAUCAAACCCAAUGUAAUGUCCAUUUCCAUGAAAAGAAAUUCAGUUUGAACGGCACUCUUCAAAACCAUAAAAAAAUCCAUGAAGUGGAGAAACCUUUUGAAUGCUUGGAAGGUAAAAAGAAAUUUAGUAGGCAUGACCAUCUUCUACACCAAAGAACCCACACUGCGGAGAAACCUUUUGGAUGCUCAGAGUGUGGAAAGAGAUUUUGUCAGCUUGAACAACUUCAGCAGCAUCAAAGCACCCACAAAGAGGAGAAACCUUUUGAGUGCUCAGAGUGUGGGAAGAGAUUUGGUCUGCAUAACAGUCUUCAAAAGCAUCAAAGAACCCACACAGGGGACAAAUCUUUUCAGUGCUCGGUCUGUGGGAAGAGGUUCCGUGAAAGUAGCAAGCUUCAAAAGCAUCAGAGGACUCACACAGGAGAGAAACCUUUUGAGUGUUCAGAGUGUGGGAAAAGAUUCAGUUACAGUGGCAAUCUUCAACAGCAUCAAAGAACCCACACAGGGGAGAAACCUUUUAAGUGUUCAGAGUGUGGAAAGAGAUUCAGCCAGAGUAGCAAUCUUCAACAGCAUCAAAGAACCCACACGGGGGAGAAACCUUUUGAGUGCUCAGAGUGUGGGAAAAGAUUUAGUCUUCUUUGCAAUCUUCAAGUGCAUCAAAGAACGCAUACAGGUGAGAAACCUUUCGAAUGCUCAGAGUGUGGAAAAGGAUUCAAUGAAAAUGAUGAAUACAGGACGUACUGA